UAUACCACCGGCACGGGAUUUUAUCUAGUAAAAUGUUCUGUAAAGCACCUUUAAUAUACAACAUCUAUUAAUGAGACCGAAAGGAAUACAUAUUAAACACGUAUUUAGUACAUUCUAAAAAUCAUUUGCCGUAAAUGUAAUUGCAUAACUAGCCUAUAAUGUCCAAAGUUCAAUUGUCUGGAAAGACCAGUGUCAUAAUCGCUAUUUUACUGAACGUUGUUAAUACUAUUUGGUUAACUUGCCGUCCUGUAAAUCGCAGGCCGUUUUUUGUGUGUGUACUAUUUAUGCAGCGACUGGCAGAAAUGGACUUAGUGGCAGAGGACGCUUCGCAAAAGCUGUGGUCAUAUCAUCAGGAUGAAUCAGGAUGGACUUUGGCGAAAACUUCAGGAGAUGUUGUAGUAUCAUGGAAACCAUCCAAUGAGUAUGAAGGGAAACUGUACCGUGGUCAGGCAACCAUUGAAGACACACCCGAAAAUAUCAUUCCUUUCAUGUAUCUUCCAGAGCAUAGAAUGAAAUGGGACAAGUCACUACAGUCUUAUUCCAUUCUUGAGUAUAUUGGCCAGGAGACUUUUAUUUGUCACACUGUCACCCACAGUUACGGCAUGGGUCUCAUUUCAUCCAGAGAUUUUGUUGACCUUGUGAAGGUAAAACGGUACAAUGGAGGAGUAGUCACUACUAACUCUGUGAGUGUUGAUUAUCCCCAAUGCCCGCCAUGUUCACCUCACAUCAGAGGACACAACAAUGCAUGUGGAUAUGUGUGCUCUCCUCUACUGGGGACUCCCUUCCGGUCCCAGUUCGAGGUCUACAUCCAGCCUGAUUUAGGGGGGAUGCUGCCUCGGACUGUAGUGGAAGCUGCUCUUCCCAACAACAUCAUCGACCUGGUCAAUUGUGCUCGGGCUGGGCUGAAGGACUAUUGACUAUUGACAGUAUCUUGCCAUAACCGAACAGGUGCUAAUACAUGAACGCUGUACUCUUAAUAGCAUGGACAUUUGUUAUGCAAUAUAGGAAUAAUAUGUAAUACAGGAAAUUAAACAUUGUAACUGUAGAAAUACUGCAGAUUUGAAAUCCUAGUCUCAAAACCUUUAGAGUUUGACUUUGGGAUGAUCAAAAUUGUGUGGCCUAGGGACUGGGUUACCCAACUGCACAUAUAAAAGUGUAUGAUAAAAAAUAAAAUAACAAUGGCAGGUGUUAUUUCAGGUGUCAAUUAAAGGAUAUUCUUCAAAGCAGCAACCAUUUCAUCUCCAAAGUCAAUCCAAACUAAAUGUUUGCUCCCCCCAUCAUUGGUCAUGGUUCAUCGUUGUGAUUAAUGCUGUCGCUUUAUAAGUGGUGUGACGGAACCAGCAACCUUGGAAGUCAGAUGUUUUAAGACAUGUUUACGGCCUGUAUGACCCUUUGUACAGCAAGAAGUUUAUUUGAAUUUUUCCAACAACAAUGCAUUAUUACCCAGAUAAAAUAUAUAUAUAUAUAUA